AUGCUUGAUAAUCUCCAAACUGCCAUGGAUAACGUCGGUAUUCUCUGUGCAGUUAUGCUCGAUACCAAACUUCAAGAAGAGCUUGGUCUGACACUCCCAAAUGAUGCCUUUGAAUUACUUUUUGUUUUCCUGCAACAGAGUGUCACAAAAAAUGGUAAUUUCAUUAAUAAUGAAUUCGAUGAUGUUUAUCUCGUUACAACAGUAUCCCCAAUUCCCUUGGAGGCUUUUACUCUUCCGUAUAUCUCCAUUGAGGAGUAUAAGCAGGCUAUUGCUAAAGAAGAUCCUAAUUAUGUUCCCUACAAUCUAGAGGGGCAAUAUGGUCAACUUUUUGACAUAAUUAUGAAAAGGUACCAUUGCAAUGUGGAAGCACUGAGUUUGGAUCUUCAAAAGAAGCUCAAUCGUUAUGAUCCUAUCUCACUUACUGUAGAGUUGACCGGUUUGACCAAGGAGGGCAAGGAAGCAUUAAUGUUACUCAUUCAUGCUGUAAGAAUGAUGGAUGAUAUUUUCCAUCAACAGGUUUUGUUCAGUAAUCCAUCUCAAAGAGAAUGGUCUUGCCUUGAUGAAAAUGAAGCAUUUUUGACGACUGUAGACUCUACAAUUAGAUUACUUCCGAAAUCAACAAAGUCGGUUCUAGGUUGGAAUGGAAUUGAAUACAAGGCUGCCUUUCCAAUGAAGAAACCAUCUGGUGCUAAUUUCUACCCCUCAGACAUGGAUAAAAUGGUGACCAUGCUGCAAGGAUAUUUAACCCUGGAGCUGUAA